AUGGGGGCCCCCGGCAGCUGGAUGGCUUCUUAUGGGUCUGAGCCGCUGGACCCUCAAGCAGCAGAGGGCCGUUUGGCGGAAGCAGCAGCAGGCCCUGCUGCAGCAGCAGCAGGAGCGGCGCGGCACUGCUCGAGCGCAGCAGCAGCAGCAGCAGCAGCAGCAGCAGCAGCAGCAGCAGCAGGGAAGCGGCGCUGGAAAGCCCUGGCUGGCAGCGUGCGGCUGCUGGGGGCCCUCGUGACUUGGUUUUGUUUGCUGCUGUCAGUGGCUUCUUUGCUGCAGCUGAAGCCCGCGGGGGCCCUCCAAGUGCUGCAGGUUGCUGCUCCUGCUGCUGCUGUGCUGCUGUUUCUUUCUCCUGCUGCAGCAGCAAAAAGGGCCCUCAGAGACGCAGACACCACCAGCCUUCCUGCUGUGGUUUUUGCUGCUCAAGCUGUGUCUUGUGCUGUUGCUCUGGUCUACGGCAUGCAGAUCAGCAGCAACGCCAUUUUCAUCACAAACGCAAUGGGACUACUGACUGAGGUGUGCUGGCUGGCUGUGUGGGCCUCCUGCGUGCAGCAGCAAAGCGAGUCGCGCUGCGCAAGUCGCAGCGGGCGCGAGCGUCAGCAACUGUUUGAACCGCAGCAGCAGCAGCAGCAGCAGCGAGGGGAGCGGGGACAACAGCAGCAGCAGCAACUUGCCCACGGAAGCCGACCGCAACAGCAGCAACAGGUGGCGGUGCAGCAGCAGCAGCAGCAGCAGCAGCAGACUCCGGAGAAGGCGCUGGCCCCACAGGGAGCCCUGCUCUGCUGCUUCCCUCACAUUGGUCUUGUGCUGCAUUCGCUGUGCUUCAUGAUCCAGGCCAAGUCCCACGAGUGCCUCCCCGUGCCCCUCGUUCUCAUGGGGGUCUUGUGCAACGGCUGCUGGGCGCUGCUGGGGUACAUUUCGGGGCUGAGUGCAGUUUGCUGCGUCGGCGUUGUGGAAGAAUUUGAGCAGUUUGCGUUUGUUUGA